GCGUUGAGUUUAAAAAUAGAGUAAAUAUUUAAAUACGUGUUACUAAUUGUAGCCAGUGAGGUAUAAUCAUUGUUACAUAUCUUUUCAUGCGUUUGAAAUUGCAGUCGUCAAAUUGUUCCUUUACAAGCAUUGAUUUUAACUUUCUUGGCAAAUGAUUGAAUGUCAAAAAGUGGGAGGCAUCUAAUAACGACACGUUUGUUUUAUUCAGAAAAUGGAGGGAUAUUUGCUAGUGUGUUAUGGAAUACCAAAAAAAAUAGAUAAAAUUUACAAAAAAAUAAUAGAAAAAUAAAUAGUAAAAAUAAAGUAGUUAAAAAAGCAAAACCGGAAAAACAAGUGUUUUUUCCCGUAAGAAAGAAAAUGUAUUGUUUCGUGGAAACAGACAGGGCAGAAUAAAUUGAAAUCGACAGUAGCUACGUAUAGGACACGACUAUAGUGCAUAUAAAUAUGACACGUGCUCGGCAUGAACAAAUGGAGAUGGAUUAUAUGCAGCAAGGUAACAUGAGUCAUGAACACAUGAAAAUGGGCCAUAGUCACAUGAUGCACGAGAAAAUGGGCCAUGAUCCCAUGAUGCACAGGAAAAUGGAUCAUGAACACAUGAUGCACGGGAAUAUGGGUCAUGAACACAUGAUGCACGGGGACAUGGAACACAACAAAAUGCACCAUAUGUCUCCGUACUUCACAUUACAUUUUCAAGGCGAUUUCCUCAUCAAAGAUGUGAAGAUUUCAGCUCCAAGUGGUCUGGUGGUAGCGAUGAUAUCGGUGGUGGUACUAACAGCGCUGUUGGAAGGCAUCAAUUACUGGUUCCUCCUCAAACAGGCUGCCAGGCCAGCGACCUUUGCCAACAAAUCGAAGCGUUCCAGUUCUCUAGUGGACGGCAGUCUACACGUGCUCUACGCCGUCCACAAGAUGCUGACAGUAGCCCUCAGUUACACAGUGAUGUUAUGCGUCAUGUCAAUGAACGCUUGGAUUCUCGUGGCGGCAGUUAUUGGGGCUGGGGUUGGUUACCUCCUCUUGCGACCGGCCGUCGCCUCCUGCUUUCCCGUCAGUGUGCCCGUGAAAAAUGUGAGGGAGGUCAAGGUCGACGCGAAUCGAGUUAACGGAACGGUUGGAACGGAAGAAGGGGAAAUGGACAGUUUUCUAGAGGAAGAUGAUUCAAAGAACGCUAAUCAUGUGAUUCAUAAUAACUUUCCGACUGAUGGGCUGUUGCAAAACUAUCCAUGUGUCGAAACUGUUUAGUAAUUUAUUCCGUAUAUUAUCUAUAUACAUUGUUAAAAUGUGAUUUCCCAUCAGGCAGGCACACGGCGUCAGUUUUGACGAAGCUUACCUAAAGGCAGUCGUUGGCUUUAGGUAACAGAGCAUAAACGGUAUACAUACAACUAUGUAUUAUUUUAUUAAAGUGUUAACCCUG